AUGCCCAUAUGGGAUCCCCUCGUCCCAGCUGAGCGGGCUAUUCAGCGCGGUCUGGCGCGUCUUCCGACAGCCGUGAGCCAUUGGUUCGGGUAUCGACCACAGACCUUACCACCAUCCCGCACGUGGCUUGUCUGCUUGUGGGGAUUCAUCGGCGCUUUUUGCGGACUCAGUACCAUCUUGGCUAUUUUCGGACAUACAGACUACUUCAGAAGCCGUGCUGUACCACCUAUUAUCGCUUCAUUUGGUGCCUCAGCAAUUCUCUGCUACGGCGCCAUUGAUGUGCCUCUUGCUCAGCCACGUUCCCUGGUCUUUGGCCACUUUUUCAGCGGCCUAAUUGGCGUCAUCAUCGCCACAAUUUUCCAGUUUGAUCUCGAAUCCGAGCCUUUCCCUCGUCUCCAAUGGCUCGCAGCUUCACUCGCAACAGCCAUUGCCUUGGUCAUCAUGCAUCUCACAAAAACAACCCAUCCGCCUGCAGGCGCAACAGCACUGCUUCCCUGCAUCGACCCGCACAUCUGGGCUCUGAGGUGGUACUACCUACCCGUGUUGCUACUAAGCUCGACUAUAGUGCUGGUGAGUGCGGUGCUUUUGAUGAACGUGCAGAGGCAGUAUCCAAAGUUCUGGGUUGCGCAGAUUCCACCAGCUGCGGAAAAGAAGGAAAAGAGCGUGGUCGAGAAGAAGACGAAUGCGUUGAAUGAGGGCUCGGAGGCUGAUAGUGCGCGGGAUACACUGCAAGAUAUGGAAAGAGGACCUUUGUGA